CACCCAAAUUUUAAGCCAUGAAAUAUUGGGACCUGCUGAAGUGAUCAACCAUCUAUACUUCUCUCUCUAUAAUCUGUACCCAAUGGCGCUCUGCUACUUCUACGCAGACGUCGUCGCCGGUAGCCGUUGUCCGCGUCCCUUGUCUUCAUCGUCAUCUCCGUCGGUGUCAUCAUUAUCACUCCUCAGAAUUUCCGGUCUCGGGAUAUCGCCCUCGUCUUGCCCCCGGAAAAUCUAUUCCGCCCGUGCCCUGAAAUCGACGGCGCAAUCCGACGGUGAUCGGGGCGAUGCCAACAACAGUAGCAACGAGCGGAGCGUACCCGACAGGAGAAUCUCGGAGCAGUCAUCGUGGGAAGCCAAGGAUGCGGAGGGAAGGGACUAUCUCUACAGGCUCGGUAAAGAGGCCGAUAACAUGAACAUUGCUGUGGGAGCUAGGUCUGGCAUCAUUGAUGACGUUUUCGCUGGGAAUUUUCUCGGAAAAGACUCCGAUAUUGUGUUUGAUUACCGUCAAAAGGUGACUAGGUCAUUUGAGUACCUUCAAGGCGAUUAUUAUAUUGCUCCUACUUUCAUGGAUAAAGUUGUAUGCCACAUUGUGAAGAAUUACAUUGCUCAUCUUAUGAAUGCUAAAGUUCCGUUGAUCCUAGGUGUUUGGGGAGGAAAGGGGCAAGGGAAAUCAUUUCAAACUGAAUUAAUUUUCCAGGCCAUGGGCAUCGAACCCGUCAUUAUGUCUGCUGGGGAACUGGAGUCAGAACGAGCUGGUGAACCAGGAAAAUUGAUACGUGAGCGGUAUAGAGCAGCAUCUCAAGUGGUCCAGAAUCAAGGCAAAAUGAGUUGUUUGAUGAUCAAUGAUAUUGAUGCUGGCCUGGGUAGAUUUGGAAACACUCAAAUGACAGUCAACAACCAAAUUGUUGUUGGGACUCUAAUGAAUUUGUCAGAUAAUCCAACAAGAGUUAGUAUUGGGCAAGAUUGGCGAGAGUCGGAUGUUACAAACAGAGUUCCUAUAAUUGUCACUGGGAAUGAUUUGUCAACAAUCUAUGCUCCCUUGAUUCGUGAUGGAAGGAUGGAAAAGUUUUACUGGCAGCCAACUCGUGAAGAUAUUAUAAAUAUUGUUCACAAAAUGUAUGAAAAAGAUGGUAUAUCCAGAGAAGUGGUUGUGAGCAUUGUGGACACAUUUCCUAAUCAGGCUUUGGAUUUUUAUGGAGCUCUUCGGUCUCGAACAUUUGACCGGUCAAUUUCUAAGUGGAUUGAAGAACUUGGAGGUGUUGAAAAUCUUGGAGAGAAACUUCUUAAACGAAGAAAGGACGAAAAGCUUCCCAUGUUUAUUCCACCAAAGCAAACAGUGGAGGCUUUACUCAAGUCAGGGUACUUGCUUCUGAAAGAACAGCAGCUGAUAAUGGAGAUUAAACUUUCAAAGGAGUACAUGAAGAACAUAGACUGCUAGGAAGUAGAGAGCCAUUGUAAUGCUGUUUCAAUGUACAUCAUACUGGUAUGUUGGAAUUUAGUGGAAUUAAGGCUUGGUUUUGUUGUUGUUGUAUUCAAUAUUUUGUCUGUGCAGUUUAAGCAUGCAUCAAAACUAGAGACCAUUUCUGGAUGAUUGCAGAGUCUGCUGUUUCAUUUUCAUUGAAAAAUAAAAAUUCGUUUUACUUCA